GGUAUACGAUCAUGACAAUUUCUACUUUUUUGUAGUCAAUAAUAAAUAUAAGGCUUCAAAUCGUAGAAAAAUGAAGAAGAACUGUGGUGUUCCGACUACAAUAUUGGUUGCUAUCAUGGCACCUCUCCUGUUCGACUUGUGCCAGAAUUUCGGAAAUUCUCAUGCGUUGACAGAGGAGAUGGAUCAAACAAAAAUAUACCAUCACGCAGCUGUAGCCGCUGGUCAACUGGAAUGCUCUGAAGUAGGACGUGAUAUUUUGAAAGCAGGAGGAAAUGCAGUAGAUGCAGCAAUUGCAGUUAUUUUGUGCCAAGGUGUCGUCGAACCAUAUUUUUCUGGAAUAGGUGGAGGGUGUAUAAUGACCAUCUACAAUUCGUCAACAAAAUCAACGACGUCCAUAAUAUCUAGAGAAAGAGCGCCAUCAGCUGCAACUCGUGACAUGUUUUUGGGCAUGGGAAACAACAAACACGGAGCAAAAUUUAUUGCGGUGCCUGGAGAACUCAAGGGCUUGGAAUACGCUUACAACAAAUAUGGAGGCAAUUUAUGUUGGGAUAAGUUGUUUCAACCCGCCAUUGAUAAAGCAAGAAACGGCUUCAAAGUUAGCGGACAAAUGGCUAUUAUGUUGAAAUAUCUUUACGACAAAGUCAUAAUUGAAGAUCCGGAUUCAAUAUUCUGUGAUGUUUAUUGCAACGAAGAUAAAUCUGGAGUUAAACAAGAAGGAGAUAUUGUGAAGAAUCCUCUACUUGCUGAUACACUAGAAAAAAUUCAAAAACAGGGCGUAGAUGUUUUCUACAGUGGUGAAAUUGCCGAUAGUAUUAUUCAUGAUAUUCAAAGUAGAGGUGGAAUUAUGACGAAGCAAGAUUUAUUGGAUUACACAGUAAUCGAAAAAUCUACAAUCAAGAUGCGUCUUCCUAACGGCGACCACACGAUGCAUGCGCCUCCGUUACCUUCUGGAGGCCCGGUAGUGGCAGCAAUCCUUUCCGUUAUGGACCUUUUUGACAUUACAUUGGAAGAAUUUAAAAGAACCCCUACAUUGCAAUAUCACCGAACAGAUGAGGCAUUCAGACACGCUUUCGGUGCUAGAUACAGUAUGGGCGAUCCCGCAUAUGACCAAAUUGCACUAAAUAUUCAAAAUCAAAUAGUAUCUGGGCAAUAUGCAAGGUCUGUCCGUACUAAAAUUUUUGAUGACAAAACAUUCCACGAUCCGGCUUAUUACGGAGCUAAAUUUUUGGACUCCAGUAUUUCAUCCACAUUGCAUAUAUCUGUACUUGAUCCGGAAGGCAAUGCUGUCGCUUUGACAUCAACAAUAGAUUAUUACUGGGGAUCUCGCAUAAUGUCAUCUUCCACUGGAAUCGUCUUCAACAACGAAAUGGCGGACUUUUCAUAUCCAAAUGGCGAUAGUGAGCACGACUCUGAGUUGUCAGCAACAAACCAAAUAGAAGGAGGUAAAAUACCCUUAUCUUCCAUGACACCUGCUAUGUUUUUGAACGAUAAUGAUGAUCUUGCUUUUAUCAUCGGAGCAUCGGGAGGUACACGGAUUCCAGCAGCAAUUGCGACUGUCAUACUCAAGUUCCUCUAUUUUGGUGAAAAUGACAUUGGCAGUGCAAUAAAGGACAAGCGUUUUUUUGACGCUUUGAUACCGGACGUUCUUUACUACGACGCUGGUUUUGAUGAUGAAAUUAUACAAAAUUUGAAAAAGAUUGGUCACAAUGUUAGAGAGACAACUUACACCGGUCGAGUGAAUGCAAUCAAAUGUAACUCUUCUGCGAUAUACGCAUUUUCUGAUUUGAGGGAUAUAGGGGCAGGACCAAGUGGCUGGUAGACAAAUUGGCAAAGACAUUACUUUUAAAUCAUGGAAUGUCGAAUGAAAUGAUUCGGGUUGAAGUUAUUAUUUUGCUUAAUUUUUUUGUUUAUGCUCUGUCUUAUUGACAUAUUCAAAAUUAAAAUAAGAGCAAAUCAUAAAGUAUGAUUUAUGGAUCUUUUGUAUUUAACAACUUGCAACAGGAAGUUAUGACAGGCCGACUAAAGUUUUUAAAACUACUUUCCAAAUUAUUCAAAGAUUAUACCAGCUGUCCCGAUAAUUAAGCCAUACUCUCUAUUACAUAUCCCCUUGCAUUGUGUAAUUUCCUUAUAGUGAAAGGUGUAACAGAUUCAAGCUCCUCUUCUCGUUUGCGAGUCGUGAUUUGAAUACAGAAAUACUUGAAACAUGGAUUUAUAAGCCACGGCCGGAUGAAUAAAAUAUUCUUUUAUGGAGGAGCAAUACAUUAUAUAAUUUUGUCAUAUAUAUAACAAACGUUAAUUUGCGACGAAAUGAUUUGUUACAAAACUGAUUCUGCAUUCCAGACAAAUAGUAGUCACGUGGAAUAUUUAUUUACUCGGAAUUUCGAAAUUUUCGGGACAUACGGUAUCAUUUAUACAUAUGUGCCCUGUCACAAAUUGUCCAGCACGUUUUAAACAAAACGAUUGAAUUCAAGAAGAAGCAUACUUAUGAUAUUAGAAUCGAAAAGUAUUUAAAUCGAACAGAAUAAAAAUAUACAUUCAAUGAAAGUUAUUGUCAUGUUAUACGCAAUCCGACUUUAUUACUCAGACAGCGUCUUCGUGUUCAAUCGUUUUCUGAAAUAUAAAAUAAAUUUUCUUAGUUGCAAUGAAUAUCAAAGAAUGAUAAACAAUUUCUUGGUAAAUUUGCAAAAACUGUGCAAAUGGAUUCAUUACUUACCUUGCUGUGCUCUUUGCACUGUAUUCGGCCGCGUAUAUUUGUUUGUAUUUUUUCCUCAAACACGCUACACAAGAACAAUCGUCGUCUUUAUUUUCUUUUUCACGAGUGUCAAGUUGUUGAGUAACGUAAUCGGGUUCCCGAUGUUCAUGGAUAUUUCUAUCCUAAUAUUAAAAUUCAUUAGUAAUGCAAAACGUUAAAAAACUUGCUUGAAGUCAAUGGUUUAA